AUGACAGACAAAAAAUGCCCUGCAUGUUUUGGUGGUGUAUUGUAUGGCAAAUCUACUGACAAUGGUGGUGAUAUACAUAUUGUGAUGGAUGGAAAUUUCCACCACCUCCAUUGGCACUCCACAGGCAACUGUCCACCAUUCUAUGACCCAACAUACUUUCUCCCCAAGGAUUUCAUUGAUCAAUGUCCUCCUAAGGCACAUAAGCUUGUUGUACCUGAUGAAGCCAUUGAUUUAUGUGAAAAUGCUUAUGAGGCUGCCGAUGGGAAAAAGCAGAAGGCUGCUAUGGACAGUUUCGAUGAUAUGGGGGUUAUGGCUCUUAUAUGUCACCACAACAUUCCUUUGUUUUUUGCUAACAUAGAUUCACCCAGUGAGCAACAGAAAUAUUCUGUUGCUCUUCUCCAACACUUAUUUUCGUUGCUGCCCCCUCAGGCAACCAUUGUCGCCUUAUACAACGUUGGGUGUGUUCUUUAUGAAAUCCUUCCAGAAGAUAUAACAAGCCACCUCUGA